UUGGUUUUUCUUCUCACUGCUCGUACCACUUGCAGAUAGAUUGAAAGGAAGCAACACCAAAUUCUCAACUACACAAAUCUGGGAUUAAAGCAUUCUUUCAUUCUCAUUAUGAAAAUACUGUUUAGAAACAUCCAAAAGCGAUUAGAACCCAAACAAUUUAGAGUCGACAACUCCCUCCUUAGAACCCAGCAAUAUACAAGAAAAUCAAAUUUUCUGGAUAAAUUUGGAGAUGAAGCAAGAGAGAGAAAAGUGUUGCCGGCAAGAGUUGCAGACUUGCUGUCAGUGGUGAAGGAACAAAAAACCAAAUGGUAUGCAAGAUGAUGUGGCAUAGUUCUAAACCAUUGGAUUCCAUUGAUGGCGCAGAUUUUAUGAAAUUCAUAAAAACUGCAGAGGAGCUCUAUCCGUAAUGCACAUAUCCUUGCUUUCAUGCAUGGGCUUCUGCAAUUUUUGUUGGAGUUUAUGAACCUGCAAAGUAGAAAUUGUUAAAGAUGUUUCCUGAAAAUCUAAGCGCUUUAGCUCAUUUUGUUGUAAAGCAAAGGAUGCAAACAGGGCAAUUCACAUCCGCCUCUGUUGCUGUUCGCCUUAUUGCUGCUAAGGAGGGCUUCAAAGGACUCUAUGCGGCAAAGAGAGAGCUCAACGAUCCUGAGAAUGCUAUAAUUGGAGCUUUUGCAGGUGCAUUAACUGGAGCUAUAACCACUCCCCUUGAUGUGAUUAAAACUAGACUAAUUGUACAGGUAAGGCCAUCUGCUAUUCUGCAUGAUAUUUGUCUCCCCUUGAUGUUACUUCCAAAUAAUAUGUGCGCCCUCGUGGUAAAGCCUGAAAUUUAUUGCAACGGUCCCAUAUAUUUGUCUAUCAUAUAUAUGAGGGGCUGUAAAAUUAAGGCCAAAUCAAAAUUGAUAACUAACUACACUGUGCCUCCAAUGGUUUGCUCUCAUUUUUUUUUUUUCUUUCUCAAAAGGGAUCUGCCAAGUGCCAACCAGUACAAAGGCAUUGUUGACUGUGUUCAGACUAUUGUGAGGGAAGAAGGACCUCCCGCCCUUUUGAAGGGUAUUGGACCAAGAGUGCUGUGGAUAGGGAUUGGCAGUUCAAUCUUUUUUGGUGUUCUUGAAAGAACAAAGCGCUUACUUGCUCAGAGACGACCAACAGUUGGUGAAGACACGAAGCAGGACUAA